AUGUCCGCGAUACAAGCCCUCAUCACUGACCCGGCCUACCAUGACUACCUCUCCAUCCUCAAGGGAGCUCGGAAUGGCUUCGUCUACGGCGUGAAAGUGCGGUUCCCGCAUGCGCUGAUCAUGGCCAUCCUCUUCGGCCGUGGCGACUGGACGACGCGGCUGAAGACGAUCUUCAAGGCGACGAAGCAGCACGCGCUCAACCUCGCCAAAUUCGUCUCGCUCUACAAGACGCUGCUCGUGCUCCAGAAGAAGGUGAACGGCGGCAAGCAGCGGAGCUCGGACACGUUCAUCGCGGGCCUAAUCGGCGGCUACGUUGUCUUUGGCGAGCGGAAUGCAGUAAACGAGCAGAUCGUGCUGUACGUCUGCUCGCGCGUCGUAGCGUCGUUGCUAUCGCGGGCCAAGACCACGUACGGCAAGAGCGCGCCCGCGCCCGGGCGGCCGCUGCCCCCCGACGCGCGGCAGUUCUCGAUAUUCGCCGCCGUCGUCUGGGGCGCAGUGAUGUGGCUCUUCCAGGAGCGGGGGGAGACGGUGCAGCCGGGGAUGUUCAACUCGAUGACGUACCUCUACCGGGAUUCGAACCACUGGCACGAUCUCCGGACGCUGUUCUGGCACAACAAGUAG